AUGAGUUAUGAAAGUGAUAAUAAAAAAAGUGAAAAAAAUGGAGAAGAUAAUAUAAAUUUAUGCAAUAGUUCUCAAAAUGACCAAUCUUAUGAUAAAGAUGAAAACAUAAAAGAUAAUGAAAAAUAUUUGAAUGAAGAUUUGUUUGAUGAAAUUAUACCUAAAAAUGAAUAUAUAAAAAUUCGAACAAAUGUAAUAAAUGAAAAAAUGUUGUUAGAAGGAAUUCAAAAUAAAAAGGAUGAGAUCAAAAAAAAUAAUAUCAUUGACAUAUUUAAUUGUACAAAAAUAUUGUUCCUGGAAAAUAAAAAUAUAAUAAUAAUACAAAACAUUAACCUUUUUAAAAAUCUUGAAGAAUUACACCUGGAUAGUAACUUAAUAGAAGAACUUGAAAAUUUGGAAGAGUUGGAAAAUUUAAAAAUGCUAAGUUGCUCAAAUAAUAACAUUAAAGAAAUAAAAAAUUUAGACAAAUUAAUAAACUUAUCAGAAUUAAAUUUACAUAAUAAUAAAAUUAAAAAAAUCGAAAAUUUGAAUAAUAAUAAAAAAUUAAAAAUAUUAAUACUAAGUAAAAAUUAUAUAGAAAAUAUAGACGAUAUAAUGCAUUUAAAAUAUUUAAAAAAUUUGAAAAUUCUAAAUUUAACUGAUAAUCCUAUAAGUAAUAUAAAAAAUAUAGAAGAACAUAUUUUUUUUAGUUUUAAAAAUAUUAAAUAUUUUAACAAUAAAACAUUAUCUACCCAAGAUAAAAUAAAUAAAUUAUCCCCUCCUUGUGAUCAAAUCUGUAUAUUCGAUUCAAACAAUAUAACUAAUGAUACUGAACAAUAUAACAAAAAUAUUUCAGAAGCUUACUUAUGUGGAAUAGUUUCUCUUCCUACUACAUUGUUUGAUCAAAAAGAAGAGCCUUCCGUUUUUCGAAAAAUAAAAAACUAUUUACAAAUUAAGGAUAAUUUUUUAAGAGAUAUUCAAAAUAUCAAUCUUAAAAUUAUAAAUAAAAUACUGCACUUAAAUGAAGAGCGAAAGAAAUCGUCGAACUCUUUUGAAAAAAACAUUGAAAAUUUUAUAUCAGAAAAUAUUAAUAGACAUGCUCAAAAAUAUACAGAAUUAAGAAAAAGGUCGAAAAAAGUUAUAUCCACUAUUCUAAGUUAUCUUAACAUUCCUAAAGGUAUUAAUAAUAUUGAACUAAUGAAAUGUCCAGAUUUUUAUAAAAAUAAAGUUCAAUUAAAUGAAAAUACAACAUUAAGUGAUGAGUUAGUAAUAAAACUUCAAAAUAUUUCAAAAACAUUUCAUUGCAAUGUUAUGAACAAUUCUAUAUUGGAAAUGUCUACUAGCGCUAACAAAAGGGAAUACGAAGAAAAUUAUGAACAAAACAAUAAUUCAAAAAAAGGAAAUUAUAUAUUUAUAGAUCAUGAAAAAUAUAAUAUUAUCAAAAGUUAUUUAGAAAAAAAUAUCGAAGAAAAUUAUUUAUUAAAAGACAAAUUAAUUAGUGAAGAAUUAAUGAAUGUUGUUUCUCUUAAUAAUUUCAUUGAAAAUUUUAAAUUAGACAUUUCAAAAAUUAUAAAAGAUAUAAAUGAUAGCAUUUCUGAUCAUUUUAAAAACUUAGAAGAAUUAGAUGAUAUUUUUAAUUCAAAAAUUAUUAAUUUCUUUUCAGAAGUUAAAAAUAAUGAGCAUCCUUUUAUUGUUUUGAGUGACGAUGAAAUAAACGAAUAUUAUUCUUAUAAAGGGAAACGAUCAAAUAUCUUGAACAACCUCGAGGAUUAUAUUUCGAGUAACUACAAUAAAUUAGGUAACUUUUUGAUAGAGGAAAAAAAAAAAUAUAUUUUUUUAAAGUCCAGAGAAAGAAUAUUAGAAAUAGGUGAAAUUAUUGACAAUUUUAAUAACUUGUUUUAUUCCUACUUAUGCAUAUUACACCCUGAAUAA